UAGCAUUUUUUAGUAUUAAUUUAAUUAGUUGUUUAAUCUAUGAUAUUCAAUAAGAUUUUUGUUAAAUUUGUAUGUUUAAUGGUGAAACUUAAUGGGUAUAACUAAAAUAAAUUAGUAUUUUUUUUUACGAAAAUGAGAGAGUUUUUUUUUCCUAAAUUUUUUUUUGGCCCACUCAAAACGUGACACAUGGCCACUUGAUACCGACUCAGAAGACUCACCUGAGUGAUCCGUUUCAACCCAGUCUCAACCCAAAAUGAAUUUUUUUAAUAUUUUUCAUGGGCUGAUACCCAUCAAAUAUCAUGGAUAAACAUGCUCUUAUAAAUAAUACCUUGAGUAGUUUCUUUUCCGAUUAAUUAAGAAACUUUUUCAAAUGAUGUGACAUCAUCCUUUGUUAAUCAUUCCCUGAAAAUUGUUGUAAAACAUAUAAACUAAAAUAAUCAUAAACUUACAUGCUUGGUGUUUUUGUAGUUAUAAUUAAUUCAUGUUGCGACCCAAGAAUUUAUAAUAAACAUUUAAUUUUAAAAAGCCCUAAUUUUUCCUCUCUGUUGUAAUAAAUCUCAAACGAUAUCUCCUCUGUAAAGCUUAAUGCUUAUUUCUGUAUAAAAUAUAUUAACCAUAAAAAAAACAAAUUAGCCCUAAUUAGUGUCCGUUCAUACACAUACUCUUUCCUUAGCUUAUAUAUACGCUAGUGUGUGUUUUAAGGAGAGUCGUAACCUCAAUUCAAAACAUUGAAUACUGAGAGAGAGCCCAACAAAACUAGAAGAGAGAUGAACCACCGUGACAAACAGAUUGAUUCCGGCUCUGGCUCCGGCUCCAGCUCUGGAGAUAACCGCCGGACUUACGACUGCAACAUUUGCCAGAGAGGCUUCACGAAUCCUCAAGCUCUCGGUGGUCACAAUAACAUCCACCGCAGGGAACGCGAAAGAUACCCCUCCUCCUCUUUUUCUUCUCACUCAUUUCCAUUUUCUCUUCCUUUACCGCCUCAGUAUCCAUCCUCCUCCAUAAACUUCACAAACCCUAAUAAUAACAACAACCCGCCUCCUUAUUUUCCGACCAUUGAGUCAUACCAACACCAAGGGUCUCAGCCACCGAUUAACCCUAGCCACAACACACAAUACUUUGGAUCAUCAUCAUCAUCAAGAGGAGGAGGGAGAUUUUCUCAAGGGGACUAUCAUGAUCUCAAUUUGAGCUUAGGGCUCGGAUCCAUGAAUGACAAUGAUGACACUUACCAGAGCCCACCAGAGACUGGAGGUUCUCAGCCCCAAGAUGAGGAUCUUGAUCUUGAUCUUCGACUUGGCGGUCAUCGUCGUCAUUAAGCUUGCAGCAGUUUCCCUCACGUUCAAUCCACGUUAUCAUAUACAAUAUAUAUAGUUGAAGUUAAUCACCCUAAUUACAUAAUAUGCUUUUAUUAUGUAACGUCGAUCGUAGGAAGUUUGGGUCUGUAUAUAUAAUUCAUGACUAUAUUCUUCUCUUAAAAAAUUAUAGAUCAAAUACGUUUGAGUAAUGUUCUUGUUAUAGUAAACCGUUUUUUUUAAGUGUUCUUAUAUUUCGUUGUCUGAAGUUGGGUUGUAUAUAUAAUUCAGGAUUAUUGGUCUCUUCGAUCCAUAACUAUAAUCUAUAUAUUAGUGUAUAGUAGAUCUAUAGAUCAAAUAGGUUUGCGUACAUGUUCUAAUUAUUAGUUACAUUGUAUGAAAUUUGGGUUUUAUAUAAUCAAAGAAUAUAUAUCAUUCUCUAAUAUUAGUUGAAUUUACAUUUCGUUUUUUUUAUUAAGUAAGUUUAAACUUGUAUUAUGAAUGAAUCCGAACUGCAAUGGGAUAAACAUUAGAUGCGUUUUAAUAAUAGGUUGGUGAAGUUAAUAAAUUAUACCAUUUGAAAAGCAAUCCAAAUUUAGGAACUACAUUUUUGCAGACCCAUGUGAACUGAUAUGAAUCAAUCAAAGCCUUGAUGUUGUAAAACAAAUUAUGAUUAUAAAAAUAAUAAAGGAGAGUAAAUGAAAAUUAAAUCUGGGUUUUAUGAACUGACAGUUGAAGUUUAGAAGUAGAAGCAGAGAUCAAAGUAUGACCAGUUAAAAGGCCCAAUAUCAUUUGGAGGUUUGAUUUUGGGUUCGUAAAUUUCAAGAGCCAGAUUAUGAUUUGCUGGGCUUACAAAUCAUGGAAAUUUGAAAUUUAGGGUGUUAAAAGAUACAACUCAAAUUAAAGAUU